AUGAGCUCCAUUCUUCCCGAUCGUCUUUUAACAAAUAUCACCAUAACAGUUCCCAAUAGCACAACUCAACAUGGCAAUGACCACAUAUUGUGCCUUCCUAUUACCAGGAGCUAUUGGCCUUCAGUUGCUGCUGUUAUCAUUUUCUUUGCCACAAAUUAUUUAGCCCAUGCAGCGACUGUCAAAUCAAGCCCUGGAGAUGACUCCCUUCUUCAGGGCUGUAAUGCUCUUUUGGCAUUGUUUUUUCCGAUGUCUGGUCUCCUGCGAGCGCUCAACGCUAUCGUUCGACUACCAAUAUUAGCUCGAAAUGAGCUCGAAAAGGCAUGUAGAGCCGGGGCAUUAUGCAUGGUGGUUCGAGCACCUCACUGGAGACCUAAGCCGGGUCAGAAGUUUUCUGUGGGAGUAGUGCUUGAGGAUGAUAGAGACGUAGAGGAUACAGACCCUGAGGGCCAAUCUGGGCGCGACUCUUCUCAAACUAUAAAAGCAAAUAUGAUAACAUAUCUUCCUUCAUAUGCCCGCGAACAAUCAUCCACGUGGAUACACUUCGAUUCGGUUUGGGCCAGAUCGCGCGUAAACUUACGAUUGUCGCGAGUACACGGUACAUACGAUCUUCCAGAAGGCUAUGAGUUUGCCAUAGUACCCCGCAACACCUUUUUGAUUUCUCAAGUGGCUUCAGACACUCACGGAGAUCCAAGGCUUAGUAGCGAGAUCAGUGCUAGCUACAGUGUUCUGAAAGCAGUGGCCUCACUUAUCCAGGUCGUCGCUGCAUUCACCACCCUUCUCUCAAAUCGUCCAGAUUUGAUUAGCCGCUGGGGAUACGCAUCAUAUCAUCUUACAGUUAUACCAUAUCUUGCCAUGACUCUUGUCAACCUGAUCUCAAACAUGGUCUCUCCAGACUAUUCUUGCUUGUACAUGGUACGCAGCGAGACUAUGGUUGAAGCAGAGAAAUUGGGUGGAAGAUUUGAAGGCGAAGUUGCCCAAACGAUUUCCCUCUUACCAAAAGAUGGGAUGCAAGUUGAGAAUCCAGCAUGGAGUGGUCUUACCAAAAAAGACAUUCAAAAUUUCUCCCUUACACUUACUUCAACGGCUAGCCAGAUGUAUAUCUUCAAUAUGGUCAUUCGUCUACUUGAUCUAACCAUUGCAAGCAAGGCAAAGAAGAAGCUGUCCGCCAAAGAUGCCAAGAUGAUACAUCUGGAGGUCAUUUCUCAAUUCAAUUCUUCUACUGCUCCCCCCGCAAACGAAUCUGAAACGAGCGCAACGCAGGCCGAACAGCCUAUAAAUCUAGCUGAUACAAUCUUGCUCAAUGGUGGUAAUGAGAGCCCGGCACUACAAAAUAGUUUAAGUGCCGAUAGAUUCCGUAUGCAGUCUAAUUCGGACAUCUUAGCAAGGCCAGUAGGUUCAACAGAUGAGUACCAGCUCCAAAUUCCUCGUGCACCCAGGCUAUCAUCAGGAAAAGGCCUAUCAUAUACCAUUCACCGGAUUAUGGAGGAUUUAUAUUCUGCUCAGGGUGAGAAGACAAGUUCAUUUUUGAUCAUGCUGCAGAACAUGAAGGAAAAUAAGUCGAGGCUUAAAGCCUACAAAAUUUCCGAAUCCCACAUGAAACGAACCAUGAUUCUAUAUAAUCUUGCAUUACAAGGUCAUAUUAUUCCAAUAACUUCAGAGGACAAUGCGGAGUUCGCUCCGGUUCGAUCGGCUAUAAUUUACCACCCAAAUUGCCAUCGAUUUCUCCGCUGGGAUGACUUCGCCGACCCGCCUAAAAUCGAUAAAGAAAAGUCCAAUGCAAUCCAACUCCGAGAAUUAUCGCCAAUCAAUGAGAGCGGAGAGAACAAUUUAGCCGCAUCUAUUUCUAACGUGCGUACACUACUCAAGCUGCCGGAAAGACCCACCACGACUGCUGUAUCAAUCGCCGAGCUUGAAGAGCUCCUUUACUCACCAACUAGAACAAGAACAGGCGGACGAAUAGGAUGGGCUAUAAUAGUCGAAAUUAGCAUCGGUAUUUUUGUUGUAGGUCUUUUCUUUGGGUUGAUCGCGGGGUUGACGAAAUUCCAUUCUGGCGAGAGUUCUGUAACUGAAAGAGGUAUCAUGAUGACUUGGCUUGCUAGUGGCCUAUAUGGAUUCUGUCUUCCUCUUCUUAGUACCCUUGAGCUUCUAAAGAUAAUAUUUUUGUUUCCAGCCAUUCUGUCCCUGUGUCUAUCGGGUAUUCCCGACUUCUAUCACGAUACUUAUGAAAAUCACCAAGCGCUUAUAGACGACGAACAAAAUGAUACCGUUGAUUGGAAAAUGAUGAUUAUAAAUUUAGCCCAAAGACGAUUCAACUUUUUUUUUGGAAUGGCUGCGGCGUCUUCUGCUCGUCCUCAACAAAUGGCAGCUUUCCUGUAUGGGUUUGCUUUUGUUCCUCUUGGGAUUUUCAUCCCGCCUGUUUGGGGGUUUGUGCUAGUGGGGAGAAUGAUCAUAGAGUGGGGAGAUUGUGUGAGAUUGUACUAA